AGGUAGAGUUAUCGGCUAGUCCGCGCACAGUGAGCUCUUCUCUCUUCAGCAAGUUCAGUUCUCUGCAGCAUCUAUCAAUGGCGUCCGUACUCAAUACGGUGCCGUCCGCUAGAUUUUCGAACCCUAACGCCAACCGAGUUCGUACUCACUCCGUUUUGGCGCCGAUUUCCGUUUCGUUUUCCAGGAGGAGAUUUACAGUUAGGGCUGCAGAGACUGAUACGAAUGAAGAAAUUAAAUCUCAGGCGGCACCGGAUAAGGCACCGGCGAGUGGUGGUUCGAGCUUUAAUCAGCUUCUUGGAAUCAAAGGAGCUUCUCAAGAAACUAAUAAAUGGAAGAUUCGUCUUCAGCUAACCAAGCCUGUUACUUGGCCUCCUUUGGUAUGGGGAGUAGUUUGCGGAGCUGCUGCAUCCGGAAAUUUUCAUUGGAAUUUGGAGGAUGUUGCCAAAUCUAUACUUUGUAUGUCAAUGUCUGGCCCUUUUCUCACUGGCUACACACAGACACUAAAUGAUUGGUAUGACCGAGAGAUUGAUGCAAUCAAUGAGCCAUAUCGUCCAAUUCCCUCGGGGGCAAUAUCUGAGAAUGAGGUUAUUACUCAAAUCUGGGUACUGCUUUUAGGAGGUCUUGUCUCGGCUGGUAUAUUGGAUGUGUGGGCAGGACAUGAUUUCCCAAUAGUCUUUUACCUUGCUCUGGGUGGAUCCUUGCUAUCGUACAUUUACUCUGCUCCACCUCUAAAGCUUAAACAAAAUGGAUGGAUUGGAAAUUUUGCGCUUGGAGCAAGUUAUAUCGGUUUGCCAUGGUGGGCUGGUCAGGCAUUAUUUGGAACCCUUACACCUGACAUAAUUGUCCUCACACUCCUGUACAGCAUUGCCGGAUUGGGGAUUGCUAUUGUAAAUGACUUCAAAAGUGUUGAAGGAGAUAGAGCACUGGGACUUCAGUCACUCCCCGUAGCUUUUGGUUCUGAAACUGCAAAAUGGAUUUGCGUGGGUGCCAUCGACAUAACUCAGCUAUCGAUUGCUGGUUAUCUGCUAGGGGCUGGUAAACCAUACUAUGCAUUAGCUCUAGUUGCUUUGAUAGCUCCCCAAGUCUUUUUCCAGUUCAAGUAUUUUCUCAAAGACCCUGUCAAGUAUGAUGUUAAAUAUCAGGCCAGCGCGCAGCCAUUUCUUGUACUUGGUCUUCUGGUAACAGCUUUAGCAACCAGUCAUUGAUAUUUCAAACAGACAUGGCGCUUUGGAAAGAGAGAGAGAGAAAAGAAAGUAAACAACACACCACCAAAUGCACAACUCUGCCAGUCGGAUAGAACAGCUAGUGCUCAUGUAUGUCUUGCCUUGUUGAAAGGAAGUUUUGCGUGAAAGCAAUAUAUUUUUCCGCUAGUUUUUUUCUUUACUCAGUGUCACAAUAGGAAGUUUUUGUUGUAUAUAUGGUACUUGUGAUUUCAAUCAACUAAAAACCAUUGCGAAAGAAGAAACCUGCUAUAUUUCCCAAUUACCCUGCCUCCGUUAUUUUAAUAAAGUGCUCCUCAUACUUCGACUUUGUUUCA